CGCGCUCCGCCAGCGCCGUGCGGGGGGAAGGAGGGGAGCGGCGGCGGCGGGCGCGGCGCCAGCGCGGGACCUGCGCCCCCCGCGCCCCGAGCCUGCCGCAGGCAGAGGGGCCGCCCAGCCCCGCCAGGAGCGCGGCCGGCAUGAGCCAGGUGCCGAGGAAGCUGCCGGAGGAGGAAGAGGGGGACGAGGAGGAGGAAGAGGAGGAGGAGAUCGUGGGCUUGGCGGGCUACGCCGACGGGGCCGAGUCCUUCUCGGACGGCGACGCGGAGAGCGGCGGCGAUGAGGCGUUUUUGGAUUUCAAUGAUCCCUUCAGUACUGAAGUUAAGCCAAGAAUCCUGCUCAUGGGAUUGAGAAGAAGUGGAAAGUCUUCCAUUCAGAAAGUUGUCUUUCACAAAAUGUCGCCGAAUGAGACUCUCUUCUUGGAGAGCACAAACAAGAUCUGCAGAGAGGAUGUUUCCAACAGCUCCUUUGUCAACUUUCAGAUAUGGGAUUUUCCUGGGCAAAUUGACUUCUUUGACCCUACGUUUGAUUAUGAGAUGAUUUUCAGAGGCACUGGAGCACUGAUAUUUGUUAUUGAUUCUCAGGAUGAUUAUAUGGAAGCAUUAGCUCGGCUGCAUCUUACUGUGACCAGAGCCUAUAAAGUGAAUCCAGAUAUCAACUUUGAAAUCUUUAUCCAUAAAGUGGAUGGUUUAUCUGAUGAUCAUAAGAUUGAAACACAGAGGGAUAUUCACCAGAGGGCAAAUGAUGAUCUUGCAGAUGCAGGAUUGGAGAAGAUCCACCUCAGCUUUUAUCUGACAAGCAUAUAUGAUCAUUCUAUAUUUGAAGCAUUUAGCAAAGUGGUACAGAAACUGAUUCCACAGCUCCCAACACUGGAAAACCUGCUUAACAUCUUUAUUUCAAAUUCUGGGAUCGAAAAAGCAUUUUUAUUUGAUGUAGUCAGUAAGAUCUAUAUUGCAACAGACAGCACUCCAGUGGAUAUGCAAACUUACGAGCUCUGCUGUGAUAUGAUAGAUGUUGUGAUUGACAUUUCUUGUAUAUAUGGGCUUAAAGAUGAUGGCACUGGAACUCCUUAUGACAAAGAAUCAAUGGCAAUCAUAAAACUGAAUAAUACAACUGUCCUUUAUUUAAAAGAGGUGACAAAAUUCCUCGCUCUUGUUUGUUUUGUCAGAGAAGAAAGCUUUGAGAGAAAAGGAUUAAUAGACUACAAUUUCCAUUGUUUUCGAAAAGCCAUACAAGAAGUAUUUGAAGUAAGAAUGAAAGUAGUAAGAUCUCGAAAACAUCAAAGCCACCUGCAAAAAAAUAAAAGACCCACUCCCAAUGGGACACCAAGGAUGCCACUGUAACUGAGGUUUUCUGUCAAUGUGGCAAGCAAAGUUUUCUUGAAGUUGAUGUGACUUCUGCAUCUCAUUGCACUGAGUGAAGAGGAAAACAAAUGGGACUGAAGUAUUAUAUGAAUUUUUCCUGAACGUUCAGAAAGCACUGUUUAAAUAUUUUUAUCCAAUCAGUUUUUUUCAUAUAGUGAGCACUUUGAGCAAAAUGUUGUAUAUAUAAACAUUGAGGUGAGCACUUGUAAGAAUUUUCUUAAUAUAUGCUGUAAACCUUUUUCAUGCCAUAUUAAGGAAAAACAGCUGUGACAGAAAUACUGGGUACAUAAUUUGCACUUUUUCAUGUUUUCCUUGUGGACUUGGACUUUGAUAAACUUAGUUUUUAUGGUGAUUUUGAUGCAUGGUGUCAGGUAAAAUGUAUGCUGUAGUUUAUUUACCUGCUACAAUCAAAUUGGUUAGUAAACAAUUAAGAAAACUUGG